AUGACUCUCGGUGCACAGAAGACGUUCAACACGUGCGAGCUUCCCCCGCAGAAAACCAGAAGCUGGGAGAUGAAAGGCUUGGGGGGGCGCCAGUGCCUCGCCGCGGAUCCCACACUCUCCGAGACCGUCUCCUUCCCAGCCAGCGCUCACCCUGGCCCAGGAACCAGAUUCGCGGGCCUCUCGCUAGCUCGCUACUUAGACGAAAGCGUGGGGACCCGAAGAAACGCCGCGAAGGCCCUGGGAUCGGAGGGGGCGGAGCCCCCAGAGGAGGAGGAGUGGCCCCGGCGCGCUGGCACGGGGCCCAGGCGCUCACACCAGCCUCCUCGCCCUGUUUGUGCUCGCGGCUUACGCUCCGCGCGCAGCCUCCCCGCCGCCGCAGCCUGCGAGUGCGCGCUGGGGCCGGGGCCAGACGCUGGCCCCAGGGACCGCCAGCGGCGGCUGCGCGACCCCAGGGACGUGCGCCCAGGCCGGGUGGCCCCCCGCUGCCCUGCGCGGUCCUCAGCGUUAGAGCACCCAGACUUUUCCAUCCCCCACCUGAGCCCGGGUGUGGAACCCCAGGCGGGUAUGGGGCCUGGAGUAGCACGGUUGGGGGGUGGGGCAGGUGGUGUCGCUCCACGAGGGAGAAGGAGCCGCCCAGCCUGCCGCCCAAGCCCCAUCAGCGCUCGGCCCGGGAGUCUGGAAGAAGAUAGCUGGGAGCGCGCCAGCCCCAGACUUGGGAGACCUGGGAUGCAGUCACGUGACAACGGAAGCCGGAAAGACAUCACUGAGUGCUAAUCCUGGAGGUUGCUUAGUCUACAAACCAAGGAGGGGACAAAGGACUUACAUACUGAGCACCUACCCGUAUGGAAGGCUCUGCUGGGUCCUGCUAAGGAUGUCAUUCAAGUUUACAUUCUUAAACAAAUUAAAUUUUAAUUAAAUUAUUUCUUACAAUUUAAGACACAGUUCCUAAAGUCCUUUGUUUUCCCUCCUUCCCACCUCCACGUUGGCUGUGCCCUUUGCUGCGACAGGAGAUCCCAUCCUCCAUGUCUACCCAUCUCUCAAGCUCCAGCUCAUAAAGCCUGCUUGGCACAGUGCCAGUCAAAUCUGAUUCCUCUCCUCUCCGAAUGCCCAACACGCUGGGUUUGGCCCAGCCUAUGGCCUGUCUUACAUUCUAGUGAUCUGUUUACUAAGCCUGUUCCUCUAACCAGAUUAGAAAGUCCUUGAGGCAGAAACAAAGUCUGCUUCUUUGAGGCCUCCCCCAUCACUGGAGCUCAUCCCCCACAAGCAAAACUUGGCCCUGGAAUUGAUGUUCAAUACAUGUUGAGUGUAUUGAAAUAAUUUCCUGCCCUUGGGCAGUUUGCAGGCCAGUUGAAGAGACAAACACACAGUGUGUGAAGUUAAAUAAUAACCCAAGCCAGCAGGUGGUGAGUACCAAAUGUGUGUAAGAGCUAUAGGGACUCAGUAGCAAGGAGGUGGUGAUAUGGGAGAAAGAUCCCAGGAGGUUCUAGGCCUUGAGCUGCAUAUGGAGGAGGAGAGAGGAGGCGUGGAGGUGACUCAUUCUGGCUGACAUCACACACCAGCC